AUGCAUUCCCCUAAGAAGCUCCUCGCCAUCACCAUCGCGCUCACCCUCACCACCGCCUUCGCCCAGAUCCCGGACCUCCCCGCAUGCUCCAGCGAAUGCCUGUUAACAAAGAUAAUCGCGGCCGGGUGCUCACUGUCCCCACCCGACGCAAGCUGCAUCUGCCAGGACGCCGGGUACCUGGCCUCUAUCAAGACAUGCGUGCCCACAAAGUGUCCGAAGGACGAUGUCGCCAAGAUUAUCGCGUACGUCAAUGAGCAGUGUUCGGGACAGGAGGGGUUUCCCCUCUCCAUGGGCGGCGCGGCCGCACCCUCGGCGUCCGCGACGUCUGCCGCGGCAGACUCUACGGCUACCGCCACCGCUGCAGGAGGGAAUAAUACGGUCAAUGGCACUGCGCCCGCGGCGAGUGCGCCCGCUAGUGGAGCGGGCCGGAGAGCGGCGGAAAUGGGCGCCGUCGUGCUGUUGGCCGGUAUGGUGUCGGCGUUUCUUGUUUAGUGGGGGGAAGGCGAGCGUGGUAUAGGUGGGUGGAUGGGCAGGUGGGCGGGUGGGUGGAUGGGUGUGGUUUCUGGUUUGAAAUGUAAUGUACUUGUACUUGUACUUGUAGGAUGUAUGUGGUCGGUAUGGAUUUCUGUAUUCUUGGGUGCCGAAGUAGUCAUGAUCGGUUGCACGUUUGCCAGCCCGCAGUAUGCGUAUUAUUGAGAAUCAGGAUCGAGAUGCUACAGUGAGGUUCUGGAGUAACGUACCACAGAUACGGAGCCGGUACUCUAGCGGGUCCAUCACUCGUGGGGAAACCCGGGGCGACAUGCACCUCACGUACAUCCUAGGAUCGGUCCAGCGGGGGUUAUUCGCGUGGAGUAGUGCACACGGCGGAAGGCUA